AUGACCGACGCAAUUAAAUUUCUGCCGUCACCGGCGGAGGAAGAAACAACAAAAAUGGCAAUGCGCCUCGCAUUCAUCGGCGACGCCGCUCUUAGCUUAGCGAUUUUGAGCUAUUUCUUUGUUACUUACCCUGAAAUCGACCAUGGUAAGCUUACUGAUCUUCGCGCUGUUAAUGUUAGCACGGAGAAACUUGCUAGAGUUGUCUCCGACACGGGCUCUACAACUACCUCCGCCGCAAUUCGACAAUCCUCGAUGAAAAGCACGGAAAAACUUUCUAAAGUUGUUGUCCGACAUGGGCUUUACAACUACCUCCGCCGCGAUUCCGCAAUCUUCGAUGAAAAGGUGAAGGAAUUCAUGAUAGCAGUGCAACAAGAGAAGGAGAUGGAGUUCCAUGGAGGAAUGAUAAAAGCGCCAAAGGUUCUUACAGACAUUAUGGAGUCAGUAAUGGGGCCUGUAUUUUUGGAUUGUGGCUUUGAUGUGAAUGCUUUCUGGGUGGUCAGUUUCUUUCUUACUAUUUAA